UUAUGUCGGAAUAAUGUAUAUAUAUUUUGGAUAUAUUGAUUUGAGUAAUUUAAUAUAAAAUUCGAACUGUAUAUUCAAUCAGCUUGAAUACGAUAAUUAGUGACAGAAAUGCAAGAUUAAUUAUACGGAAUAAUUUUCAGUUGUGUCCGUGCGCGUGUGGAUUGCUUACAAAAGAAAUCGAAAGUGAAGUCUCUAUCGAGUCAUUGCCUAUGCUGAAGGAAAAGCUUAUUAAAACGUAGAAUAUUACAUAAACCUUAUAAAUUUGUUUUUCCUAUUAAAUCAAAUGUUAUAAACUCAAGUAUAGAAUUGAUAUUAUAAAAUACCUUUUCCAAAGUACACAGCUACAAUUGUAAAACGAUGCAUCGUAUUAAUUUUUUAGCAAGCUUGAAGAAUUAGGUCUUUAUUUGGAUUCAAAAAAGACAGCGGAUAGGAAAAUGCAUGAUAUUGCACGAAAGGCGAGGAAAACUACGACGCAGGAGUUGGAAAAACAUGUAAAUAUUGAGCACUGGAGGACGGAAAUUACGCAACAGCGAUUACAAACGCAAGUCGAGGAGUUGCAUAGAAAUAUUCGCUUUUUCAAGCAGGAAAAUGAAUACAUUCGAUGCCUCGUGGAACAAUGUCGCUAUUCAUCGGAGAAAACAAAGGUUUCGAAACAACUUCUACCAAUCACAUAUUCUGGACUCACGACAGCAAUUAAACAGUUUCGAGCUAAAUAUCACAUUAAACAGGGAAUAAUAACCACGGUGACCGAGAUGCUACGAGGUUCCAUAAAUAUCCAACAGAUUGCCGGGAAACUGUUAGCGUUUGUCGAGUAUUGGUAUCGGGACUCAAACAGUAUAAUAACGGCGUAUGAGCCAUCCGCUUCAAGAACGGAACUGUCAUCAAAUUCCGUGGUAUUCAAUGUUUAUUAGACAUUUGCAUUCAAU